AUGCCAAGGAAUCACGAAGGAGGGCUAAAGAGAUUUGAAAAAGAUGACUUGGAACAUAGAAUUUAUGAAAAUAUGACAAAACAUUUUGGUUUAGAAAUGAAUGUGAAACAUCAUAAUUUUGAAAUUCUAUGGACUGAAGAAAACAAUCUUUUCGAAAUAUCUACCAUCUGUAACAGGUUAACCCAUAAACAAAUUGCAUAA